ACACUCAAAUACUCGAGACGAAAUCUCCAAAACCCUGGCCGCGAUCACUCCUCCAGAGAUCCCCGCAAUGCUCGCCGGAGGCUCCAGCUCCGGCAUUGGCCGCUCCGGCAGCCGACGCCCUAGAUUCCCCCGUAUCCCUCUCACCCACCCCUCGUCGUCUUCAACCCAGCCGAAUUCGAGCUCCUCGGCCCCUGCCUGCACGGCCUUUGAUCUUGCCUACUUCCAAGCUUACUCCGAUAUUGGCAUCCAUGAGGAGAUGCUCAAGGAUCGUGUGCGGAUGGAGACAUAUCAGGAUGCGAUUUCACGGUACCGACACUUGAUUGAAGGCAAAAUUGUGAUGGAUGUUGGCUCCGGCACAGGUAUUCUUGCUAUAUUUUGUGCUCAAGCUGGUGCGAAGAAGGUCUAUGCAGUAGAGGCUAGUGACAUUGCAGAAAAGGCUAAAGAAAUCGUAAGAGCGAACAAUCUAGCUGAGAAGGUCAUUGUUCUUCAUCAAAGAGUUGAGGAUGUUGAAAUUAGUGGGAAGGUUGAUGUCAUAAUUUCAGAAUGGAUGGGCUAUAUGCUUGUGUAUGAGAGUAUGCUGUCCAGUGUAAUUUUUGCCCGGGAUAAGUGGCUUAAACGAGGAGGUCUUAUUCUUCCUUCACAUGCUACGUUGUAUAUGGCACCAGUCACAAACUCUAUUAAAUACCAACAAUGCGUUGAUUUCUGGAACAAUGUUUAUGGAAUUGAUAUGUCUGCAAUGGUUCAACUUGCAAGACAGUGUGCAUUUGAAGAGCCAAGUGUAGAGACAAUACAGGGAGAGAAUGUACUGACAUGGCCAUUUGUGGUCAAAAGUGUGAAUUGCUACACAGUUGUUGCUCAGGAGCUGGAAUGUAUUAGUGCAGAGUAUAGAUUUUCAUCAAUGAUGGAUGCUCCUCUUCAUGGAUUUGCCUUCUGGUUUGACGUGGAGUUUAAUGGGCCAGCUAUAACUCCUGUCCAAGGUUCACAAUACCCUCUUCAAAGUUCACUGCUAGACUUAUCUACAAAUGAGUCAGCAAAUGAAACGACAAAUGAUUCAAAUCGUCAGAGAAAGAUAAAGUCCAAUGAGACAAUUGUGCUAUCUACUGCUCCUGAGGAUGCUCCGACUCAUUGGCAGCAGACCCUGCUUUAUUUUUACUAUCCAACUGAGGUGAAGAAAGACCAGAUAAUAGAAGGCUCCAUUAAGCUGUCUCAGAACAGAGAGAAUGCACGGUUUAUAAACAUUCUCCUCAAGUGCUCCUGCGGCGGUAAUACAUUAGUAAAAGAGUCUGUUUUGAGGUGAUAUUCUUGUUAGCUGCUUCUCAAGAAAUGUUGAUUGAUUACCAUCGCCUUUUAUGCCGUCUACAUGAUUGGUCGAGAAGAUGAUGGUAUAUAAAUCAAACUUGGCUUUUCGGCAAGACUUUCUUGAUUAAGUUAUCAACAGAAAUCGUCCCGGUUCACACGUAUGACAACAUUGCUGUACACUAUUACUGACAGGUAAUGUUAGGAACAUUAUUAGCUUUGAAAUGUGACCACAGCCUGAAGAAUGUGACCGAUCAAUGGCUUUUUCUGCAGCUGUUGUAGUUUAGAUGAUCAGUAUUUCAACUAAUCAACCAUCUUUAACACGGUUUCGGAGUUUCAUUCCGGCAAGUGAACUCCAGCUUUUAGUGGAAAAGGUUUUACUUCUGUGUCUGUUCCGUUGAUGUUUACUUUUACCAUGUUAGCAGUAGACGGUGUAAAUACCAUUGUGAUCUCUGCCCAAAGAGGACAUCCUUGUAGAACUUUGAUUUAUUGAUGUUCUGUGAUUCAAUUGUUUUCAUUGGAUGAUUUGAAGAUUUUUUUUUUCUGAAA